AUGGCGGAGCUUCUGCUUUGGCGGUGGGAGCAUUUUGGAGCCUCCCCAGAGCCGGCAGGAGACGACCCUGUUCAGGGACAAAAGCUGCUGUUUUUUUCUGCCUCCGAGUCGUGGGGGGGUGAAGCUUUGCUCACACUUGAAGAAAAAGUUUUUUCUACGCCUUUGGAAAAAAAAAGUUUUUUCUACGCUCUCGUGGAACCGUUUUUUUGCCCCCCUCCUUUCUCGCUGGGGGGCGGCUGGGCGCCUCCGCCUUUCUCUCUGCCCCGCCCAGCCCCGCGGGUCCCGCUCCGGCGGGCUGUCCCGCCGCCGCCUGCGCCGGCCGCGGCCGCGGCCCUGACGCCUCCCGGGCCAGCCCCGGCCACGGCCCCGCCGCGUUCCCCAGCGGAGUUUGUCAGCGUUCCUCUCCCAGAAACACUGCCUCCCGCGACUUCAUUCCAGUUGCCGGGCAACGCAAGCGGCGAAAAACACCCGCCUGUCUCGGAGAGGGAGCACGGCCCCGCGGCCACGCCGCGCCCCCCGCCAGCUGUCCCGCCGCCUCCCCUGCCUGCUCCUGUGCAGCUGAUCCCAGAACCACGACCAGAAGCGGCUGCCGUCUCCCUGCCUGCUGUGCCUGCACUCUCUGCCAACCCGAUUCCAGUGCAAGAUGAUGCCGAAGCGGCCGCGGUGGCCCCACCAGCUGUCCCAGCAGUCCCGCCACCCCUGAUGCCCCGGGCGGUGGAUGCUGAGGUGUCUGCGACCGAGCCAGCGCCCCCCGCGAGUUCAGACCAUUCCGAGGCCACUGCUGCGGCUGGGACGGUGGUGUCGGCGACCCGCCUCUCUCUCCAUGGGCAGUUCUUUUUUUCAACUUUCUGCGAGCUUCUUUCAGGACCAAAAGGACUUUCAGAGAUGUCAAAGAGGAACAUCUUCAGUCCAUGGACACUUUCUCCUGAAUCUCAGCUGUUUGGACUUGAAACAAUGGACAUUCUUUGCAUGGAUUUUUGCAUUUUCUUAUAUUGUAAGAUUGUUUUAGUGAUAUAAUAGAAUUUGAUAUUCUACAGGUGAAGGAUUUCUUUGAUCAUUCCACAUCAGCAGUGAUUGAGGUUUCAAUUGGUAACAGAUAAACCUCAUGAUGAGUGUUUGUUCUCUCUUCUGCAAGAGCAUAGCAGAGGAAUUUACAAACACCAUUUUUCUUUUUAAUUAAUUAUAUAAAGAAGGGUGAAAUGUAGUUAUGAUAUUUUAUGAAAAUCCCUUUGCUAGGAUUUUCUUCUCCUGAGAAGCUGAGAGGGCCUCAGCUUCAAAUGUAAACAAUUUGUUAUCUGCUACUGUGGAAUGCAGCAGGUGCCUUCUUGAUUAGUCGAUGUGGGAUGCUUCUACUUGGCAACCAAUCCAGGAGGCAGCAACUCUCGGACUCUCUGGGAGUCACAGAACUUUAUUAUUCAUUCCUUUCUAUUCCUGUCUCACCUUCUGAUGAAUCUUUCUCUCUGUUCUUUGUAGUAUAGUUAUAGUGUGGUCUUUUUUUAAUGUAAU